AGACGAUCUCUGUGCGUACCUGUCGCUGGGAUACUUUGCCCUCCUCUUCUGUCCAGAGUCACGCCAUUGGUAGAUGACUGAUGGGGAGGAAGCAAGUUUUUACCUUCUGCCACUGGACUCUGUGUUGAACUCGGAAAGAAGGAAAGAAGGAAAGAAGGAAAGGAAGCGACCCCGUACGUACGAAGGAGCCCUCGAGGAGCCGCGUGGUUCCGUCAUGGAGUUCGGCGAAGAGCCGUCGCCCGCUUUGGCUUUCGAGAAGGACGCGUUCGAGCUCACGGUUGAAGACGUCUACGACAUCUCGUACGUGAUCGGACGAGAUCUGUUGAAAAUAAGCAGCACGGGCGAAGAGGUCUCGGACCUACAGUUCAGAAUAGUCCGCGUGCUGGAGAUGUUCGAGACUCUGGUCAAUAAGUACAACUUGUCUCUGGAGGAGCUGAAAAUGGAGCGGGACAACUUGAAGAGCGAACUGGACCGGAUCGUGACGGAGAGCUCGUCCGAGCCGGGCACGCAAACGGCGGGUCCGAACCAGCUGCUGGUGGACCUGACGGACCCCAACAGACCGCGCUUCACCAUGCAGGAGCUGAAGGAGGUUCUGCAGGAGAGGAACCAGCUCAAAGCGCAGCUCAUGGUGGCUCAGGAGGAGCUUCAGCUGUACAAGAGUGGGAUUCUGCCACAGACGGAAGCAGCCAUGGUGGAGGUGGAUCUGGACGCCCCCCCAGAGCACAGCGUGAGUCCAGCAUUAACUAACAAUGCAAAAGAGGAGAAGACCACCAUCGGCAAACUGUUUUCAUUCCGGCGAAAAUAAGGAUCUCAGAAGAACGGACCACGAGACAAACAGGAUUUAUCGGUGCUUUGCUCAUCAUUUAACCACUUUUAGGAUUUUUAUUUUUUACCACGUCUGCUUGUCAAACUAACAAGCACUGUAUUUUGUACUGAUCAUUUUUACCUAAAAUAGUUAAACAUAGUGGAUUAAGUAGAAAUAUAUAUUGUGUGUAAAGAAAUGAAACUGGAAAGUAUUAUCUCACCACUGUUAGUGAUUAUGUUGAAGCCCUCGCACAAAAUGAAGUCAUUUAUAAGCUUAAUCAUUGAUUUGAAUUUGACGUGUUCAGAUUCAAAUCAAUGAUAAAAGUUUAAAACAUUCAUCUCAUGGAAGUAGACAAAUAAGAUUGUAUUCCUAAUUCAGUUAAAGUCCACUCCCAGUGUUGUUGCACAUAUUUCUAAUAAAUAUAUAGCCACACUACGUAUUUAUUCUGUCAACAUUUGCAUUCUAUAACUAAAAGAAAUCAGUUGUAAGGCAAACAAACAUUUUGACAAAAGAUGACACUUAGGGUGUACAUAUAGGGUGCGUGCCGUACCUCUAUAUCUAUACAAGUAGGACAUUUCAGUAAAAUACCUAAAUUAAAUGGAGGAGCAGAUGUCAAAUAGUCAACAUUUACCAUGUGAUCGCUGGAAUGAAGACAGUUUUAUUCCUUCAUUUACAGCACGAGU